AGAGGACGUUCAAGCAAAAAACACCACCAAAAUCGCCAAUCCCAUCCAACUCGAAACCUCUUUUCACUCGUCGGGACGGACAGGACGAUCAUACAGACAAUGUCUCAACCAAUUGCGCUGUUGUCCGUCUACGACAAGACCGGCCUCCUCGAGUUUGCAAAGGAGCUCCAGGCGUCGGGCGUACGUCUGCUCGGGUCAGGGGGAACUGCGAAAAAGAUCAGGGACGCUGGGAUCGCCAUCCAGGAUGUCUCUGAUAUCACCAAAGCCCCGGAGAUGUUGGGAGGGAGAGUCAAGACGCUGCAUCCAGCCGUACAUGGCGGUAUCCUCGCCCGCUCCAUCCCUUCCGACGAAGCCGACCUCCAGGCGAACUCCAUCUCGCCCAUUUCCAUCGUCGUCUGCAACCUCUACCCUUUCACCUCCACCAUCGCCCAGCCGGACUGCACGCUCGCCGCCGCAGUCGAGGAGAUCGACAUCGGCGGGGUGACCCUCUUGCGCGCGGCCGCGAAGAACCACGCGCGCGUCGCCGUGCUCUCCGACCCCGCGGACUACCCCGCGUUCCUGCAGGCGUGGAGGGCGGGGAAGGGCGACGUCGGCCAGGCGCUGCGCAGCAUGCUCGCGCUCAAGGCGUUCGAGAUGACCGCGCACUACGACGAGGCGAUCAGCGGGUACUUCCGGGAGCAGUACGCGAGCAGCGAUCUCCCGCCGCAGAGCCUGGUCGCGCCUGUGCAGCGGAUGCCGCUGCGGUACGGCGCGAAUCCGCACCAGAAGCCCGCGCAGGCGUUCGUGACGGAGGGCGAGCUGCCGUUCAAGGUGCUUUGCGGAUCACCGGGGUACAUCAACCUGCUGGACGCGCUCAACUCGUGGGCCCUGGUGAAGGAGCUGCAGGAGGCGCUCGAUAUCCCCGCGGCUGCGUCGUUCAAGCACGUCUCGCCCGCCGGCGCGGCCGUGGGCAUCCCCCUCGACAACACCGAGAAGAAGGUCUACGGCGUGGACGACCUCAAGGAAGAGCUCACGCCCGUCGCCUCGGCGUACGCCCGCGCGCGCGGCGCGGACCGCAUGUCCUCGUUCGGCGACUUCAUCGCGCUCUCCGCGCCGUGCGACCUCGCGACGGCGCGCAUCAUCUCGCGCGAGGUGUCCGACGGCAUCAUCGCGCCCGGGUACUCGUCCGAGGCGCUUGACGUUCUGAGCAAGAAGAAGGGGGGCAAGUACUGCGUGCUGCAGAUGGAUCCCGCGUACACUCCGCCCGCGACGGAGACGAGGCAGGUGUUCGGGAUCUCAAUGCAGCAGAGGAGGAACGACGCGAAGAUUGACGCGAAGCUCUUUGAGAACAUCGUCACACAAAACAAGGAUCUCCCGAAGGAAGCUGUGACGGACCUGAUCGUCGCGACGCUUGCACUGAAGUACACGCAGUCCAACAGCGUCGCGUACGCGCGUAACGGCGCGAUCAUCGGGAUCGGCGCGGGCCAGCAGUCGCGCAUCCACUGCACACGGCUAGCAGGGAGCAAGGCGGACGCGUGGUGGCUGCGGCACCACCCGCGCGUCCUCGCGCUGCCGUUCAAGAAGGGCACGAAGCGCGCGGACAAGGCGAACGCGAUCGACCUGUUUGUGACGGGCGAGCGGCUCGAGGGCGGCGAGCGCGCGCAGUGGGAGGGCCUGUUCGAGCAGGUGCCGGAGCCGCUCGGCGAGGCGGAGCGGCGGGAGUGGAUCGCCAAGCUGGAUGGCGUGGCGUGCUCGAGCGACGCCUUCUUCCCGUUCCCGGAUAAUGUGCAUCGCGCAAGGAGGAGCGGGGUGAGGUACCUCGCUGCGCCUGGGGGAAGCGUGAUGGAUGCGGAAUGUGUAAAGGCCGCGGAUGAACACGGGAUGGUGUUUGCGCAUACCUCGCUGCGGUUGUUCCAUCAUUAAAAAUCUGGCUACUCGAACUCGGAAGGUGUAUAUAGUUAGGCGAAGAGAAGUAAAAGGCGGUUGGGUGUUUAUUGGCUAUGAGAUUCUGCUGAUCCGGCACUU